AUGGAACCGUCAGAGGAAGACAAACCAGGCCCCCUAUUCAUAACAGUCAGCUGCUGGAUUCUGACACUGAAAGGCCCUGACAGCCAUUUGACAGUUACUGUCAAACUGCAUGUACAUAACGUGAGCGAGAUUAGGAUUCCAUUGGAGGGAGAUGGGAGGGCACCAGUUAAAGGGAACAUUUCACAGAAUUGUACAGAUUUUCAAACUUCUUCUUGGAGGAAUAUUUUGCAAAGGUUGGACCUCAGUGUCCAAUUCCUGCUGCUCACCCGUCAGAACCCAGAUUGUGCCCAACCUAUCAAUGACAGUAAUGGUAUUCGGAAUUCAAACUUUAAUGGAAGUCUGCCCACAAAGCUAAUAAUGCAUGGAUACAGGAUCACUGGCAGUAAACCAUCUUGGGUUGACAUCUUGGCAAAAGAAUUGCUUGAUGCAAUGGAUGUGAACGUUGUCAUUAUUGAUUGGAUUAUUGGUUCAACAGCUUUAUAUCAUAAUGUAGUGCAGAAUUCUGCUGAAUUGGGUUUGAAAGUUUCUAUUUUUAUAGGAGACUUAAUGUCACAUGGAAGCACAGAAGACUCUUUCCAUUUGAUUGGAAUCAGUUUAGGGGCACAUGUAGCCGGAUUUGUGGGUCGCAUGUUUAAGGGAAAACUGGGACGGAUCACAGGUUUAGAUCCUGCAGGGCCCAAGUUUUCAAAAGCGGGUGUUGAUGAGCGUCUUGAUCCUGGGGAUGCGGUCUUUGUUGAAGCCAUUCACAGUGACUCAGAUUACUUUGGAAUUUCUCGACCGGUUGGGCAUAUUGAUUUUUACCUGAAUGAUGGAAAAGACCAACCUGGUUGUACUCGACCCUUUUUAACCUCAGUGUACAAAUACUUAGUUUGUGACCACACCAGAGCAAUUUUUGUGUAUAUCAGCUCCAUCAAGAAUCAAUGUCCUUUGGUCGCUUUCCCUUGUCAGACAUAUGAACACUUCGUGAAUGGACAAUGCACCAACUGCUCUACCCACCCACUACAGCGAUGUCCACGCAUAGGACUUUUGGAGCGUGGGGGCUUGAGUGCAGAUGUGCAGCCAAAAGAAGUUAAAGUGUACCUGAUGACAUCAAGUCAGUCACCUUUCUGUGGAAGGCCAGCCAACAUUAUCAAGUCAGAUUGUGGAGGAACGUAA